AUGCCUGGAAGAAUCAUUGACACAUAUGAGCAGGUCCCAGUGACCAAGGAAGACUUGGACUGGGCGGAGCUCAUCACUCUCGAUCUCAGCAAGUUCGACCAGCCAGGCGGCAAGGAAGAGCUCGUUAAAGAGCUGGAUCACGCCGUCACAAAGGUCGGCUUCUUCUAUGUGAAAAACUUCAACAUCUCCCAGGAGGAAGUUGACAGGCAAUUCGCGCUCGGUCGAGAGUUCUACGCUCUCCCUUUGGAGGAGAAGCUCAAGUAUCACGAUGAAGAUGCCCUGGUUGGAGGCAACUACAAUGGAUAUCGCCCUGCUGGUACCAGAAUUCUCGGGAAUGGCAUCAAGGAUAACAUCCAGGUCUAUAACAUCCCCAAAUUCGAUGGCUACCAUCAACGACAGCAGCCCCCCGUGCUCGAAGACAAUAUCAAGGAGAUUGAGAGAUUUUCCCGUAAAUGCCACGAUGAGGUCGUCGUCAAGUUGUUGAAGCUGUUUGCUCUUCUUCUUGAGCUGCCUGAGGACCAGCUUGUCAAGGACCACCAGUAUGACCUCCAGGGCGAAGACCACCUGAGAUACAUGCACUAUGCCGCCAGAUCUCCCGAGGAGAACAAGCAGGUUGGCCAGAUGUAUACACCAGGCCACACUGAUCUCGGCUCCAUCACUCUUCUGUUCCGCCAACCAGUCUGCGGUCUCCAGAUCCUGAACAGCGAAGGGAACUGGAAGUGGGUUAAACCAAUGGACGGAACCAUCACCAUCAAUACCUGCGAUGCCUUGACGGCCUUGACGGGUGGACUCAUCAAGUCGAGUAUCCACCGCGUGCAUGCACCUCCUCAGGACCAAGCGCAGAUCGACCGUCUGGGUGUUUUGUACUUUGCGAGGCCCAACAACCAUGUCGUUCUGGAUCCGAUCAAGAACAGCCCUCUCCUGGAGCGUCUGGGCAAGACGUCAAAUGUCUUUACUGAGCUCGGACAGCACCUGACCACGGAAGAGUGGGUGAAGAUUCGCCAGCAGCAGCAGCAGAGGAAGAAGAAGGGAGCUCAGGUCUCUGCCGAUGGUAAAUAUGUGUAUCCCAAGGAAGAUCUUGAAAUUCUUCCUGGUCUUCAGGCCGAGAUCCAUAAUUGA